AUGAAGAUGGCGAAGAACCGCGAAUAUCCGCUCCACCAGCCAACGAAGUUCCGUCAUUUCGUACCGUCAACAGAGAAGUUCGUUAAAAUGCGCGAGAAGGAGCACGAUAUCUGCGAGCCGCCGGAGGGUAAACGAAAGCGCGCCGCGUGCACAGCGCCUUUGCCGCCGGCGCCGGUCCUGCGGUCUCCUCCUCGGGUGCUUAGUACUGAGCAGCAGGAUCGGUGGAAGAUACCGCCGCUGGUGUCGGGCUGGAAGAACACGGCUGGAUACUCUAUACCUCUCGACAAGAGACUGAAGUCAGACGGAAGGGGACUGCAAGACCAUACCAUCAUUCUCAGCAACUUCCACGAGUUCUGCGAAGCCCUAGAGGCUAUCGAACGAUACGCAAGCGAAGACGCCGGCCAGCGCGCAGUAAUACAGCAGCGUAUCAACGAGCAUGACAGGCUACAAAACGAAGAAUGUCUUCGCCACAUUGCAUGUCAGCAGAGAAGAUAUCGCACCGAUUACACCCGCCGCUCAGCUAGCCCUUUCGACUCCGAAGAUGAAGCCAUUUACCGUCGCUUGAUAGCACGCAUUGAGCGAAGACGAGAGUUCGAACGCGAAGAGCGGCGAACGAAGUUAUAG